GGAUAUACUGGUUUGCAUAAUGUAUUGCGGAUUAUUUUUUUCAAUGUAGAAAAAAAGAGAGGUGUUUUAAACAAGACGAUAUCAAAGGUAACGUUUUACUGGUUUCUGAAAUUGAAACACAAUCAAAGUUGUCAUCUACAUGUAUGUAUUAGCAUCAUGUCUUAACUCUACAUUUUAGAACGGACCAGAUGUUCAGGUUUCUCACAAACACGGAUCCCGAUACUGGGUAAAGACCCCCUCUAGCCACGAAGAGGACCAGUGUACACAAAAGAUUAUUUUGUUACAACAUAUGCAGAAUCAGCAGCUGUAUUUGAUUUUUACACAGGGAAAUUGGAGUUUUAAGAGUAUACCAUUCAUUCUACAACCGGGAAAGGAAUACAGAUGUAUAGUACUAUACUCGUCCUAUAACUGUAAUACGUAUUGGUUAGAUGUGGGUUCUAUGACGGACAAUAAUAACAAUGGUGAUUGUUUAACCGAGGAACUUCGUCCACACAAUCUAGUUCAGGUUACCAAGGAAAAAGUUACAAGUAUUUAUUUUACAAAACAAGAACUGAAUGAGAUGAGAUUGAAAGCAAUUGAGUUUGUACAUCGACGUGAACAACGUGUGGCUGCUAUUCCUUAUUUCUACAGGAACAAAUCAAUAAAUUAUUUUGAUUCUAUAAUGAUGAGCGAUAGUGAUGGUAUUAUGUACCCCAACCUGAAGGAUAAUAAUGGCGAUCGGUAUUCUAUUGUAAAUGAAAACAUUGAAGGCAUUUUCUUUAGUGCACUCCUACUGCCUUCCACUUUAAAACCACCAAAAACUUCAAUUUUCGGCUCUCGUCGAUUGUAUGUUCGGUCUACAUUACUGUUGAAUGAAGAUGUGAAAAUGUACUUUGCCGACUUUUAUUGCUAUAACAAUGUUGUUCAUUACGUCACAAUUGUGUUAACAAAACCCGGAUCUGAAUCUGAUCAGUUCUGUGACAAGAAUCUAGUUCAGUUGAACGCUUACAGUAAUCCUUUCCUGCAGCUGACAACAAUAGACGGUGUACAGAAAGUUCUAGUGACUUUGAACGCUGUGAUAGAAAUAUUCUACACGGAGCCAAUAGAUCUGAUGGCAAUGAGCUUACUUCCGGGUGCGUCCAUGUACUCGGAUGUACAACUAGCAGGUAGAGGAUCAAGUGUCGAAGGAGGCAUACCGAAGAAAGAUGACUGUGAUCUUUGUAACGUUAGAACAAGCUAAGUGUGAAAAGGACCAAGUGUUGAAGGAGGAAUACCAAAGAAAGAUGACUGUGACCUGUGUAACAUUAGAACAAGCUAACUGUGGAAAGGACCAAUUGUGAAAGAGGUGUAGAUAGGUUUCGUUUUGAAGUAAUUUGAGUUUGAGUUAUUUCCCUUGACCGCCAUUUUGAAGGUGUAAUUUGUUGAGUUUCUUAUUUGACUAACCAAACUGAAACAUAUGGUACAAACAAGUCUUGAUAAGAGAUUCUAAUUAUCAGAUUGUAGUGGCUAAAUAAACGGAAAUUGUUCAGAAAAUAACUUUUUCUAAAGGAUUACCGGUCAGUAAAACCACUGUUGAAUUUGACUGAUUUAUGUAGGAAUUUGUGCAUGUGCACCUCUAACAUGGCGUCAAAAGGCAAGAAACCUUACGCAAAUUGCGUCUAUAGAAAUCCGUCUAUUUCAAAGAAUGAUGAAUGUGAUCUUUGUAACGUUAUUGUGAAAAGUGUCAAGUGUUGAAAUGGUAUAAAAAGGACUACUUUAAACUUUAUAAGUUUGAAUAAACUAAGUGUGUUUUCCAUUAUUACACAUUUAAUGUGACUUUGUAUCAACACUUGUUUUCUGUUUACAUAAUUUAGCCUGGAAUACUGGUUCACUGCUCGACAGCAGACUUACUAAUGCGAAGGUGUUGUUAACUCAGGAUUCCAGGCUAACAUAAUUUGAGAUGAGCAAUUUUUCUUUGUCACCAUUUUGGAGGGCAACUUGCACAGAUUCUUUCAUUAAUCAAACUACUAAUUCUAAUAAUGCCAUUUCAUAUGUUGACCGCUAGAAAUGUUGUUUUCUGAACAAUUUACAGUCGUUUUAAGCCUUGUAAAAGUCGUCACUUCGAUCUAGAUAUUUUAUAAGACUUGAUCGUAACAAAUAUUUCAAUUUGAUUAAUCCAUAUAUGUAUAAACCCAUGAUUAAUCAUUUAAGAAAAUCAACUAGUUUCCCCAACGACGUGAUGAUCAAUGGAAAUUCCUCGAUCUCAUAUUAUAUCAUUGCAAAACAUUCUUUUUGGAACUACAAAUCCAUUCCAUAUACAUUGUAUGCAUAUAUUUGAAUGUAUGGAUGGUGAAUGUGUGAUUGUAAUGAAUAGCGCAUGACACAUUUUAUAGGUAAUAAGAAUCGUGAAUUUGAGAUAAUGUAACUUUAUCCAGCCUUUGGUUAUUUUCAGUGUUUUGAGGACAGUUCCACACCUGCGAUCAGUUUAAUACUGCUGGUUUUAGACAUUUUAUCUAACUGUGUUUAUUUGUAUUAACAUUUAUUCUGUAGCAAUAUUGUAUUUUAUAUUUUACAAAACAUAGUGUAUCUCUUUGGUGAUGAAUGCAUUUCGUAGUUUAAACAGCCUUCGAUGUGAACAGGGAGAUGUUUAAUUGUUCUGACAGAUAAAAAAAAGGUUGAAAACAUCGGCAUUCGUUUGUACGAUGUUUUCCUGAUUUUAGUUGUACAUGACGUAUUUGAAUUGAAGUAAUAAGUAAUAACAACAAUUCCUUUUCAAGUUAAGCCAAUUUCGGAUCGGGCACAACAUUUUGAGAAAAUAUAAAAUUUGUAGAUUAAAGGUUUGUAAUAUUUCAACUGAUGUCAAGGAAUAUCUUAAUAGUUAGCGUAUAUAAGUAUUUUGAAUUUCUGUGAAUAAAUUUUGAAAUUGACCGGUAUAUUAAGAUCAAUGUGAUCAAAUUAAAAUGCAUGACAUCUGAUGUUGCAGAUGUAAAGCCGUUUGGAUAACAAAUGUUCAAUAGAACCUAUACUAAUGUUACACACAUUUAUAUUAUAAUCGACAGUAGUUUAUCAUGUCCCAACAAAUGUGAUAUUCAUUAGAAUUAUGCAAAGAACAUUUUUUUGUAGAACUCCAAUAAAGAUUGAGUAUUUCGUUGAUAUACUGGAUUUGUGUCCAAAACAGAGAGGCGAAAGAUACCAAAGGGACAUUCAAACUCAUAAGUGGAAAACAAGCUGACAAACGCCAUAGCUGAAAUAGAAAAAAGACCAACUGAAAAACAACAAUAUACAAAA